AUGUCCUUUAGUAUUUUGACUGGUUUGUCUCUUUCCACUCAAAGUCGUCUUGUUCCUCAUCAUCUGACAUUCUUAAUACAUCCUCAGCCUGGCUCUUAUGUACUCUUUACGCAUAAUCUGUACAGUAAUGGAAUCGGAUCUAGCGAGCCAGUUUUAUUAACAUCGUGGAUAAGGGAUCGCUUUACGAGGGACGUUGACUUAUUUCCAGAAAAGCUGCUCUUAGGAUUCCAGGGUCAUCGACUUGCAAUCUCGACGGCUCAUACUCCGCCAUUUGCAAUUCGCAGAUCUAUUUCGGGAACCGACGAAGUGCUUUGGGAUGGAAUCGACAUUCGCGUGAUGCACUUAUUGGCAAAAAUUCUGAACUUCACCAUAGAAUUCCGCGACCCUGAAUCAGUGGAAAAUGGUCCUAUAACUUCAGCAACAAAGGAUGUUGCACUUGGAGUUGCUUCCGUUGGCGUAGGUGGGAUAUACAAAACAAGAGAUGUUGUAUCACAAUUUGAUACAACUGUAUCUCAUGUCGAGGAUUGCGCUGCUUUCAUCUCUUUGGCCUCAAUGGCUUUGCCAAAGUACCGAGCUGUGAUGGGGCCAUUUUCAGUUACGGUGUGGAUUUUGUUGAUAUGUGCUUAUUUAUUGGCAAUUCUACCGUUCUCCCUCAACACCGAGUACUCACUCUUAUCACUGAUAACGCGGCCCAGCACGACGAAUAAUAUGUUUUGGUUCGUCUUCAGCACAUUCACUAAUAGCUUCAAAGUGAAGGACCCAUUGUUGAAACAUGGAUUGGGAAAGAACUCCACUUCGCUGCUGAUAGGAAUCUACUGGGUCUUUACCAUUAUCAUAACAUCUUGCUACACCGGAUCCAUUAUCGCUUUUAUCACCGUCCCUAUAUAUCCGGACGCUAUGGAGACAACCAAAGAGUUGCUGUGGUAUCGGUACCGGAUAGGAACCUUAGAUCAUGACGGAUGGGAUGCGCGGCUGGCAGAGAUCGAAGAUGAUCCUAUCGCAGAAAAGCUUUUGAAGAAUGUCGAAUUUGUUCCCAGUGUUACUGCUGGGGUAAGGAACGCUAGUCGGGCCUUUUUUUGGCCUUACGCCUUUUUGGGCUCUCGUACUCUCUUCGAGUACAUCGUCCAAGCAAACUUCACGCCCAACUGGUUCACUAAGCGCUCGCUGAUGCACAUCAGCCGGGAGUGUUUUUCCACAUAUGGGACCACCUUCUUGUUGCCGCAUCGAUCAAUCUACACGGAAUCUUUUAAUAAGAUGCUUGCCCGAGCUCAGCAGACCGGCAUCAUUCAGAAGAUCAUCAGAGAUGUUAAGUGGGACAUACAACGUACCGCAACGGGAAAGUUCCUACAAGUAUCCAAAGGGCCAUCAUUUCCUUUCCUCCUCGGAGAAGAACGACAACUGACGUUGGAUGACACCCAGGGAAUGUUCAUGAUCUUUGGUAUCGGCGUUCUGGCUGGCAUGAUUUUGCUCAUAAUGGAAUUUAUCAUACGAAAGAUCGACAAGUAUUGCCGUAGGGAGAAUAUCGAUGACUGUCAAGAAAUUCAGGAUGAUGACCAACCUGAAUAUGUAAAUAAGUUUCGCAUGUCGAUGCUGAGAACGUCCGAAGAUGAUGUUUCGAUGAUGUGGAGGUUCUGGAAAUCCAGAGCAAGCGUAUAGAAGUGUAUGAACGCA